AUGGAUUCCUCCUUUGCCUCAUCAAAAGGCCUUGGCGGAGCAUCCGACCGAAUCACCCCUGGGAAGGAGAAGGAGAAGGUGGUCGAUGAGGCCACCACCUUGGAAGAUGAAGAUGAGGAAGUAGAGGAGAAGGAGACUGUGGAGGAGGAGCUCUUCCCAGAAGAUCACGUAGGCUAUCAAGAACCGCGAGUGGUGGCCAUAAACCGACCAGAUCUGAACAUGCACUACAAGUUCAAGAACAACUACGUCAGCACCACCAAGUACAACUUCUGGAACUUCAUCCCCAAGAACCUGUUCGAGCAGUUUCGUAGGGUGGCCAACGUGUACUUCCUGAUCAUCGCCAUCGUCACGCUCACUCCCACUUCGCCCGUCAAGCCUGUGAUCGUCCUGGGCGCCACCGCCAUCAAGGAGGCCGUGGAAGAUUGGAAACGAUACCAGUCGGAUCGACGCGUCAACUCGCGCCUGUGCGAAGUGCUGCGCAGGAAGGAAGAUGGUGGGACAGACAAGUGGGAAUACGUCGAGUGGGCGGACGUGGUCGUCGGCGAUUUGGUGCGCGUGAAGAACUGGCAGCCGUUCCCGUCUGACCUGCUCCUCAUCUCGAGCAGCAGCGCUGACGGCCAGUGUUACAUUGAGACAUCGAACCUGGACGGUGAAACAAACUUGAAGGUGAGGCAGGCCGUCAAGGAGACUACUGGCCUUACCUUGAUGAAAGAUCUGGCCUGUGACGCGCCUAACGAAGACCUGUACAAGUUCGACGGCUCUCUUACGCUGGAGCUACAGGAGUCUCACGCACUGCAGGUGGCCCUCGACACCAACCAAGUGCUUCUCAGGGGUUCGGUCUUGCGAAACACCGAGUGGAUCAUCGGCGUGGUUCUAUACACGGGCCACCAGACCAAAUACAUGCUCUCCACCACUGAUCCUCCCUCGAAGCAGAGCCGGCUGGAGAAGCUGAUGAACCGCUUGAUUAUCAUUGUGUUGCUUGCGGAGCUUGGUAUCGUCGUCGCCAGCGCCAUCCUCGGCGCGAUCUGGGAGCAAGCGAACGGAAAAGACAUGUGGUUCCUGGAGUUGAAGCGGAACCUCUUCGUGCAGAUCUUCGAAAACAUGUUCACCUUCCUGGUGCUCUACUCGCCCAUGGUGCCGAUCUCGCUCUACGUUACCCUCGAAUUUGUACGCGUGUUCCAGGCCGGCUUCAUCGAAUCCGAUAUCGCCAUGUACCACGAGGAGACCAACACGCCCGCCUUGGCCAGGACGAGCAACCUCAACGAAGAGCUGGGUCAGAUCGACUACGUGUUCUCCGACAAGACGGGCACCCUCACGUGCAACCAGAUGGUGUUCCGCGUGUGCUCCAUCGGCGGGACGAUCUACGGAGAGAUCCCGGACUUGUCCGCACCUUCGCCGUCUUCGUCUUCGUCGCUGUCUUCGUCUUCGUCAGGCGUCAAGGCCUUGGCGCCAAAGAAGUCGCGCGCCGAGCUGGUGGUGUCACACGACGCCGCCGUGCACUCGGACGGCGAGGAGGAGUUGGAGCUCGACGAUCUCAGCCACAGGGAAGGUGGCCUAGGGGCGGGCGGGGGCGCGCUUACGAACGGCACCGGCAGCGUCGAAGCCGCGGGGGGCAGCGCCUCGACGCCUGACAUCGAAUUCGACGAUCCCACCAUCUUCGAACACAUAGACGAUGAAGCCCACCCGAACAGCCAUAUGACUCGCGAGUUCUUCACGGUGCUGGCCGUGUGCCACUCGGUGAUGCCCGAGCUGAUCACCAAGACCAACCCGGCGGAGGAGCAGGCCCGGCUCAAGAAGCUGCGACAAAAGGCCAGGAAACAAAAGAAGGGCCUGUACCUGCGGCCGAAGAACUACAACAAGCUCGUCGAAUCGGAGAGCAGCGGCACCGAAUCGGACACCGAGGGCGAGAAGAACAGCGAAGAGGAAGCAGCCGAGGAGGCCUCGGCCGCCGAGGGUGCCGCACAAGGGCCAAAGGAAGUGCGGUACCAGGCUGCGUCACCCGACGAGAAUGCGCUGGUGGCGGCAGCCAAGUAUUUCGGCUUCUACUUCCACACGCGCGCCCACAACACAGUCACAGUAAAUGUCAUGGGCCAGGACCUUGACUUCGAGGUACUGAACGUCAUGGAGUUCACCUCCAAUCGGAAGCGCAUGUCCGUGGUAGUCCGGACGCCGGACGGGCAAUUCAAGCUAUUUACGAAGGGAGCCGAUAACGUCGUCUACGAACGACUGCGGAAGGGUGACCCGUCGGCUCAAGUCACGGAAAAGCAUCUGCACCAAUUCGCUUGUGCGGGCCUACGCACGCUCUGUAUAGCCGAGCGUGUGCUGGACCCGGUGCAGUACCGAGCAUGGAACGCGCGCUUCCAGAAGGCCUCGCUGUCCUUCAACGGCCGCAAGACCAAGCUCGACCUCCUCGCCGAGGAGAUCGAGGUCGACCUGGAGCUGCUGGGCGCGACCGGCAUCGAAGACAAGCUGCAGGAUGGGGUCCCCGACACCAUCGAGUCGCUGCUCGAAGCGGGCAUCAAGGUGUGGGUGCUGACCGGCGACAAGCGCGAGACUGCGAUCAACGUGGGCAAGGCGUGCAACCUGCUCAAGAGCAACAUGAUCACGCUCGUCAUAUCGUCGGACACGAAGAUCGCCACCAAGCAGAGGCUCGAGUACCUUCUGGGCCUCAUCGCGGCCAACCGGUGGACGCAGCUGGCCAAGGAGCACGAGCGAGACGACCAGAUGGUCCCCUCCACCGACGAGGGCGCCACUUCCAAGGACGCCGCCGCAGUCUGGACCAAGGGGCAGCCCAAGCCCAGCAUCGCGCUCGUCAUCGAAGGCCGCACCCUCGUCUACGCCCUCGAAUACGAUCUCAAGUUUGCGCUUCUGUCGCUGGCCCAGCAGUGCCACACGGUGGUGUGCUGCCGAACGACGCCGAUGCAGAAGACGCUCAUGGUGAAGCUGGUGAAGGACAGCGAGACGCCCGAGACCCUCACCCCCAAGGAGAAGAUCCAGCUCGAGCUCCGCAAGACGGCCGGCUACCUGACCAACCGGAAGAAGGUGACCACGCUGGCCGUCGGCGACGGCGCCAACGACGUGCCCAUGAUCCAGGCGGCCCAUGUCGGUAUCGGCAUCUCGGGCCGUGAGGGCAUGCAGGCCGUCCUCGCCUCCGACUACGCCAUUGCUCAGUUCCGAUUCCUCAAGCGGCUCCUGUUCGUCCACGGCCGCUACUCGUACAAGCGGAUGGCACUCCUCGUGCUCUACUUUUUCUACAAAAACAUGCUCAUCGCCCUCAUCAACUUCUGGUGGUCCUUCUUCACCGGCUUCUCGGGCCAGACUGUGUGGGACAGCUACCUGGGCAUCGGUUUCAAUCUCAUAUUCACGUGCUUGCCGGUGGUCGUGUGCGCCGUGAUGGACAUGGACGUACCCAUCAAGGCGCUCGACCGCUACCCUCGACUGUACCGUGAUGGUCAGCUGAACAUAUCCCUUCACACUGGUAUCUUCAUGCGAUGGAUGUUCAUGGCCGUGCUGUCAUCGUUCCUCAUCACGACCAUCAGCAUAGCGGUGUUCAACGCGGCAUCAGUGUAUGGCCUGGUGCUCGGCUUGUGGGACGUCAACACGGUCAUCUACACCGGCACCAUCCACCACGUCGUGAUGUGGUCCAGCAUAAUCUCAUGGUUUGUCGUCGCCUCCAUCUACUGUUCCAAAGUGGCUCUCUACCUCGCUCCCGACAUGUUCUGGGUGAUAUUCAACCUCUUCUCGGUGCCCACGUUCUGGUUUGUUAUGCCCAUCCUCUGCCUCGUAUGCCUCCUGCCCGACAUCGUGUGGGACUUUGUGAUGCGGACGUACUUCCCGUCCAACUACCAGGUGGUCCAGGAGAUCUACCGAGCCGAGGAGGAGGAACGUAAGAAGCGCCUGGCCGCACCCCAGCUCACUCUGGAAGAGACCGCCUAG